CUGUCAGCCUAAACAACAAAAAAAAAGGGCGCCCCAGCAUGCAAACGGCCGUUAGUAUCCGAGGCCUGCGUGGGGAAAGUCCAGGCUUUGUUUCCUGGCCUUCACCCGGGCGGGGGGGAGGCUCGACGAGAGAAGGGACAAGAAGAUUGCCGUUCGGUGGCUGACAAGUAUGGACGCGAGACAGAAGAAGGAGGACGAGGUGGUGCACCUGCGCCGGCAGAUCGGCCCACUGCCCGCUGCGUCGUUCAUUAUCGGCACGGUGGUAGGAAGCGGUAUCUUCAUCGCCCCAAAGGGAGUUCUGAUGAACAGCGGGAGCGUGGGCCUCUCGCUGCUCGUGUGGGCGCUCUGCGGGGUGCUCUCCUUGUUUGGGGCGCUGUGCUAUGCUGAACUCGGGACUACUUUCACCAAAUCGGGGGGCCACUACACUUAUCUUCUGGAGACCCUUGGUCCACUUCCCGCCUUUCUACGCCUAUGGGUAGAGUUCCUCUUCAUCAGGCCGGCAGUGGCCUCCUAUGUGUCGCUAGCUUUCGGCCGCUACGUGGUGGAACCCUUUUUCACCCCUUGCGAUGCCCCAGUUUCCCUCAUCAGAUUGGUCAGCCUUCUGGGAGUGACAUUCGUGGUGGCCGUCAACUGCUGGAGCGUGACGGUGGCCUCUCGCACGCAGGUCACCUUGACCUUCAUUAAGACCUUUGCUUUGGUCCUCAUCAUUGUUCCAGGCAUCAUGGCGCUGGCAAAAGGAAAGACUGAGAACUUUCGAAACGGCUUUGAGUUUGAGGCAUUGACGCUGGACAGGCUACCGCUAGCUUUUUACAAUGGCUUAUACGCGUACGGAGGAUGGUUUUAUCUCAACACUGUGACAGAGGAAGUCAUCAACCCCAACAGGACAAUCCCGCUAGCCAUCAUGUGCUCCAUGGUGACUGUGACGGUCCUCUACGUGCUGGUCAACGUGUCUUACUACACCGUCAUGACUCCCGCGGAGCUGCUGCAGUCGGACGCUGUGGCGGUGACGUUCGCCAACCGCGCGCUGCAAGGCGUGUCGACCGUCAUCCCCCUUCUGGUGGCGCUGUCUUGCCUCGGGGCGCUCAACGGGGGUUUCUUUUCGGCACCAAGGAUGCUGUUUGUGGGAGCCAGGGAAGGACACUGGCCCCCCAUUUUCUCCAUGAUUCACAUCCGCAGACAUACGCCACUGCCUGCCGUAUUGUUUCUGUACCCGUUGGUGGUGCUGAUGCUCGUCACUGAAGAGAUCCAGCAUCUGAUCAGCUUGGCCUCCUUCGCGCGCUGGUUCUUCAUCGCCUUGGCGACGCUGGGGAUGCUCGUGCACCGCUUCCGCUUCCCUGACAUCCCUCGGCCUUUCAAGGUUCCUCUGGCGGUAGCAGUCACCUUCACCGCGGUCUGCUUCUUCAUCGUGGGUUUGUCGCUCUACUCGGAUCCCUGGAACACGGGGCGUAGCUGCGCCCUGACGCUGACCGGCGUCCCGGUGUACUACGUGGCCGUGCACCGCUCCCGACUGCCGCCCAGGUGGAGACGCGUCUUCGAUUACUGCGGCGAGAAGCUCCAGAUCCUCCUGGAAGUCGCCCAGCAGGAAGUCAAGACCUACUAAAGAUACAACUUUUCUUUCUGGUGAAUCCAUAAAAAGAGCUCCUCGUGUGACAUCUUUGGCAGUGUUUUGCUUAAAAAUAGUGAGAAAGUCAAGGUACAAGGAACAAACGCGGUUUUAUUGGACAAUCGUAUAACAACAACAAACAUUUCAACUGUGCUUCUCGGAGUCACUGCAUGAACUAUUGCAUACUAAUACAAUCCUAUUGCAAGUAAUUAUCAAUAGUGCUUCUUAUACUAUUUCUGAUAAAUAGCUUAUUGCUAAACAACCUUCACCACUUCCUAAACCCCAAAUCUGGAAGUAACUUUCCAGGCAACAGAGGACCCUCACAUUAAAUAAGAAAAAAAUGUGCAAAAUCAACAGAAAUACAAAAUACUUAUUAUAUAUUUGUCUGAAUAAACAAAGGUGUCAGUGAGGCAGUUCUUCAAAAGGAAACCAAAAAGCGCUGUUGAGCAGACGUCAAGUCAAAUGAAAUGUUCAAUGAAAAGACUUUUUAGUCUGUCAGGUAAAAAAAAAAAAAAGGUCCGCUGGCUAUAUUUCCAACUGCACAAGGAAUCGCAACGGAACAAAUUACCGUCUACUUGAGCUGCGGAAAGAUGUCGGACAGGCUGAGGUCAGCCAAUCCCAGUUCCUGCAUGUCGUCCAUGCUGAGGUCCACCAAGAUCUUGGACAGGCUUUCGUUCAUGGUAUCCAGAACCAGCCCCUCGGUCAGCGAGCGGUUGGCGGCCGCUAUGCUGCCGUCGCCGGCCUGGAGCUGCUCUAAAAUGAGCGAGUUAUCGUAAAAGUCUUCCAGGCUGACGGUGGUGUAGUUGUGCAGAGGCGUUCGAGCGGGGCCGCCGGGCGUGCGGAUGGGGCUGAAAUCCAGCAAGCUCUGGCCGCCGCCGGAGCAGGAGGGCAGCAGUUUGCUAGGUGUGGAGGAGGUCAGUCGUCCCACUUUCAUGGGGGUCUCGUGGCAGUGGAGGUCCGCGUCCAGGUUCAGGUUUGUAAAUGAGGUGACGAUUCCAGAGUCCCAAUUCUGUGAACAAACCAGGAGCGGUUCUUCGUGCUGCCGGCGUACAAGACUCUGCUUGCGUCUUGAGACCCUCGCUUCUUGGCGCUGGCUGGGCGUCUUGGGGCUCCUGAGGUGGCAAUCCUUCACCUCCAUUUUUGGCAGCUUUGCACGUGAAGCCUCAUCCUGAGCGGGCGCCAUCUGGUGUCAACAGGCAGCGCAAGUUGAUAGAUGUCCAAUCGCGUGACUUUUAAAAACUCAAUGAAAACUCUUUGAAUUUAUCGCUCUCAGACGUCCAAUCCGUUUGAACAGGGAAGUAGGGGUGUGCCAUCUUAGGCACCCCACAAUUCGAUUCGAUUACGAUUCAGGGUGCUACGAUUCGAUUAGUUCUGCAACGAUUAAUCGAUUCACUCGAGUAUUCGAUGAGAAAAAAGAUUCAAAUUAAAUUUUGCUGAUUCGAGUAUUUGUUUAAUUGUGUUGCAAUGGUUUAUUUUGAAAGUGUUUGCAUUCAGUUUUAUUGAUUUGGGUGGAUACACUGCCCUGUAGUCUGCCUCAUUUCACAUGGCUGAAUCCAGCUGCUCCAUGGUAAGAGCAACAUAAGCCAAGUUUUUGUUUUUUUAAAUGCAUCCGUAAUUUAGUUAUAGGUAUUGGUAUA